CGGCGCACGGUGUGUGGUACAUAAAAGUGUAACAAGAAUGUUCUAAGCCCCUCACCUAUCCUAUCUUGAACCCAACAGAAUCGGAAACAUGUCUCAGCAAAAGGAUCCAUGUCAAAAAGCAGCUUGUGCCAUUCAAAAGUGUCUGCAGGUAAACAGUUACAAUGAAAGGAAGUGUGAAUCAGAACUUCAAGCAAUGAGAGCCUGUUGUUCUAAAUACACUGCACAGCAAUCGCCUUGCUGCUCUGGAUUUCAGAGCCAGAGGGAAACCAGGACAGCCUGCUCAAUGGACUCAACAGUUUGAGGGAGAAUGAAAUGGAGGCAAAGCACGACGAAACAAUUUGAAGAACAGUUGACAACUAAAAUCAUGAGUCAUAAAAAGUUUUUUAUUUUUAAAAUAAAUUCACAAGGUUUUUGCCUGAGAAAACAAAA